UUUCAGUUCGGCGCUCGAAGUCUUUAUGCUGUCCGAAGCGGAGCUGAGAGUUGUGAUUGACUUUUCAAUCAUGAUAGACCUCACGCGACGGUUUUUUGCGAGGACACAGCAAUGAAGUCCGCAAGCUGUAAAUGUCCCUUCGGAGAGGAUUUUAUCAAUGAAGAUCAUCCGGAAUUAGGUGGUCUGCCGGACGGAGCUGAGACCCUCGUUCCGAUUUUCAGCGCUGUCAUGCUGCCCAAAGUCGAAAGUGAAUCGCUUGGACUCACGCGAUCGCAUGGGGAGCAGGGGCACGUGCACAGCAACGUACAAGCCUCCCAGUUUAAAAUGAUGGAGUACGGCUAUGAUGAAGACAUGGACGAGAUCUGCCCCGUGUGCGGAGACAAGGUGUCUGGGUAUCAUUAUGGGCUGCUGACCUGCGAGAGCUGUAAGGGCUUCUUCAAGCGCACCGUUCAGAACAAUAAGAGAUAUACCUGCAUUGAGAACCAGAACUGCCAGAUCGACAAAACGCAACGGAAGCGCUGCCCUUACUGUCGAUUUCAGAAGUGCCUGACGGUCGGCAUGAAGCUGGAAGCGGUGAGGGCGGACCGCAUGCGGGGUGGCCGCAACAAGUUUGGCCCAAUGUACAAGCGCGACCGGGCCCUGAAGCAGCAGAAGAAGGCGCUGAUCCGGGCCAAUGGACUCAAAAUGGAAGCCAUGUCACACACGAUGCAGAGCAUGCCCACGGACUUGACGAUAAGCUCGGCCAUCCAGAACCUCCACUCUGCCUCCAAGGGUGUACCUCUGAGCCAUGCUGCCUUGCCCCCCACAGACUACGACCGGAGUCCCUUCGUCACCUCCCCCAUCAGCAUCGCCAUGCCGCCACACGGGGGCCUGCAGGGCUACGCGGCCUACGGCCACUUCCAAAGCCGCACCAUCAAGUCCGAGUACCCCGACCCCUACGGCAGUUCUCCCGAGUCGCUAGUGGGCUACCCCUACAUGGACGUGUAUCAGACCGGCUCCCCCCCCAGCUUCCCCCACCUCAUAGUGGAGCUCCUGAAAUGCGAGCCCGACGAGCCCCAGGUACGCGCCAAGAUCCUGGCCUACCUGCAGCAGGAGCAGGCCAGCCGCGGUCGGCACGAGAAGCUCAACACCUUCGGGCUCAUGUGCAAGAUGGCGGACCAGACGCUGUUCUCCAUUGUCGAGUGGGCGAGGAGCAGCAUCUUCUUCAGAGAGCUCAAGGUGGAUGACCAGAUGAAGCUACUACAGAAUUGCUGGAGCGAACUCUUAAUUCUGGAUCACAUAUUUCGUCAGGUUGUGCAUGGGAAAGAAGGAUCUGUUCUUCUUGUCACUGGUCAACAGGUGGACUGCGCUGCCAUCGCCUCCCAGGCCGGAACCACUCUCAGGAGCCUCCUGGUUCACUCCCAGGACCUGGUGUCCAAGCUGCGCUCCCUCCAGCUCGACCAGAGGGAGUACGUCUGCCUGAAGUUCCUGGUGCUCUUCAGCCUGGACGUGAAGAACCUGGAGAACUUCCACCUGGUGGAGAGUGUCCAGGAGCAGGUCAACGCAGCGCUGCUGGACUAUACCGCGUGUAGCUACCCGCAGCACAUGGACAAGUUCGGCCAGCUACUUCUGCGGCUCCCGGAGGUGAGGGCCAUCAGCGUUCAGGCUGAAGAGUACCUCUACUACAAGCAUCUGAACGGAGCCGUACCCUGCAACAACCUGCUCAUCGAAAUGCUGCACGCCAAGCGUGCCUGAAAAAAAAACCCCAUUCCCCACCUCAUCCCCCCCCCCCCCCAAUCCCCAAGAGCCCUGGGAGCAUGCUCAGAACUUCUCACCACAGAAGGUUGCCUGUUUUCCAUCUGGUGGAAGCACCAGAGGUAUUCUUCUCUGGAUCUCCUGCUAACCUGGAAGUUGGGCCGAUUACAUGAAUGGAUCAAAUCAAUAUGCCUGAACAACUUUGAGAACAUCAUGACCUCACUAACAUAGAAGAACCUUUUUGGCUAUUGUGAUAUGAACUCAGUGAGUGAGGAACAAGUAAACCAAGUGAACUGUGCACUUAGCAAACCUUGCGACGGCUGUACAUUGCUCUUUGUGGUCUUUGGCAUGAGAGAGGCCAGCUUUGUAUUUAUUUGACCACAAGUGUAAACAUUGGUACUGUAUAUGGUCGAAGUUCCGAAGGUUGUCCGCUUUGCAGAAGGUUGUGUCAUGUACUGUUGUCCAUUUUAAAGGCAUCAUUGCUCGCAGGAUGCAGGAGACCAAGGUCACCAUGGCUCAGGUGGUAUAAUGACAUUGAUUUCACUUAAAAAAGACUCACUUGUUGAAAUCCAUUGCCAAAAAAAACAAAGACAUUGUCUCUCAAGGGCGGCAACUUCUUUCUCUUUACCUUCUGAGCUUAUGCUCAGAAGAGAGAGUGAGCUUCCCUGAGCUGUUUACUGCAGUAGUAACGAUGGACCAAAACUACAUUGGAGUUUCAGUAUUAAAAAAUUAUUAAAUUCUUUUUAGUUGUACAUAUAUUAUGAAGAGUAAAAUAAAGUACACCCUCGGUAAAUAAGUCGAACUAGCUCUUUUUUCCAAGUCCUUCGACUGAAGAAAAACAGGAGCAGAAAAAGGUAAGAUGUCAACGCUAGACCAAAGCCUGGAGCAGAAAUUUGCUAGUUAAAAAAACAACACUAAUAUCAGUAUUAGCAGUUUUCCACAACAGAGUUCUUCAAAUCUUGCCUUAGUUUACUUUCACGCUAGCUAGCUAGCCGCAGGUGUGGAAUCAAUAACAAAUAAACAAAUACUAUUUGAAGUAAUGUUUCAAAUUACAAAAAAAAUGUUCCUCGGUAUGUUUGUACUGUGGUUGUACUGGAAAAGAAAAGGCGAAAUAACGAUCUUGGCGUAUAUUUUAAUGUUUGUCAAACUUGCGACAAAUUCAUAAACUACAUAAAUUACCGCAGCUUAUGCAAGCUUUCAUCCCCUUCACUGUAUGAAUUUCACAAGUACAAAACGUUUUGUUGUGUUCCUGGUGUUUCAAUUGAGCAUCUGUGGUGGGUCGUGCAUUAUUUCGUAACGUCAUCUUAGCUAGACCUGAACUCUGGUAUGACGUUCCCCAGUGUAGCCAUUGAUGUAACUGGAGAGCACUGUUAUGACGUGAAUUGCAAAGCAGUGGUUUCACACAAAUCUCUAUGUUCAGCUUCUUUGUGCAUUUAUUCUUUUGACCUCUGCUUAGUCCUGUCGUGAGACACUAAAAUCAAAACUAACCCUUUAGAUUCACACUAAUUCAUUUGAUCACUGACCAUAGAAUCUUUACAACAUAUUGUACCUUGGGUUUUAUUUUAGGUAUCUGAAUUUCUGUAUUUAUGUUUGUAAUGUUAUUUCUGGUGUCUACUGUAUAUCACUGGUUCAGCUCAACAAUGGAGAUAAUUUAUUGCUUGUUGGUUUCAGCCUUGUGUAUGUUAUUGUACGGAGUGUUAAAGCCAAAUAUAUUUGUUACUGUUGCUAGCAUGUUUAAAAACUAUUGUUAAAAUGCAGUUCAGGGAGAAAAAAUAUCUUUAAAAUGAUCACAGUAAAAUUUGUUAAACAUAUAUGGAACUUGCGGCUGUAAAUUUAAAAGGAAAUGUAUUUAAGUUUAGUGGUGUGACAGAUUGUUGCAUCGUUUUUGUACGUUAACUUUCAGAUGACUUAAUUUUUACAUUUACGAUGUACCAUGUCUGUCGUAUGUUUUCAAUACCAAAGACUUUGCAUCUUCCAUAUUUAUUGCAUUUACCUUUUCUCCUAUUUAAAUGAAGGUUGCCUAUUUAACCAUUAAUGAGGAGGACAACACUUUGCUGUCACAAGUUCUGUACAUAAGUUGGUAAAGUCUCACUCGGUAAUGAGUGAUACAGAAAGACGACUGAAUAAUUCUGGCCUGCUAGCUUAAGUUCCGUGCCUAUUUGAACAGCUCAAUUAUGUCUGCACGUGUUUCUACACAUUGUUAGAAUUCCCUCCAGCUGACGUUAAUAAAAUGAUUAUAGCUUAUUAUAAAA